UCUAGCGACGUGAGGAGAACGUAUCUAUACGUCGCUUUCGUCGAAGUCGACGUUCCGUGCUCGGUAGACACUCGAUAGUGACAAGUGCGUCGCGAAUCCCUCGUUUCCUUUCCUAAAGUGUGCCGGUUCCCUGUCAAACUGUGGUGCGAAAUGGAACCGCCGGGAGGGAGAGACUCCCGUUUCAAUCUGGGAUACAGCAUGAAUCUCCUUUCCGGGGAAACAGCCCCUGACAUCUACGGUCGGCCUUCCACCAGCUUGCAACAGCUUUCUCCAAGGCACACGAUGGUGUCCAGCGCUUGUGGGGGCAGAUCCUCGGUGCUCAAAUCGGACAUGUACGAUGACAGGGCCGGUAACCAAGGGAUCUCCCAGCAAGGCAUGGGCGGCUUAGAUUCAUGCGGGGUUAACGACAUCAACGAUGAACCUUACGGUGCUAUGCAGUCCAAGAAAUCACCGCCUAGUAAUGGCAAGAAGACCAAAGGCCGUGUCAAGAUCAAAAUGGAGUAUAUCGAGAACAAACUCAGGCGGUAUACGACGUUCUCGAAGAGAAAGACCGGAAUUAUGAAAAAGCGAGUCAUGGUUUUUUUGGUAUCUGAAAUUAAUGAAAUAGUGUCUUUACCACAUUCAACUUCAAGAGCAGGAAGCAGGCCGCUCAGAGCUGUAAACUGGGCCAGGCAACUUCUUAGGUGCAGCCCGCUGAUUGAUAUUGAAUACUUGAUAGAACUGGAACAGAUGCUCGGGUACACAGUUGACUAUGUUGUCAAACACAUAGCAAGAGGGAAGGUGUUGAAAAAAUCUAUCACCUUUUUGUUGAAAACUCCUUCCGAGUCAGUAGAAAUACCAUUUCUAUGUAAGCAUAUGAAAGGCAUACGAACUGUCAACGUUGACUGGUACUCAAGUAAUGCUGCUGGUGGCAUCAGAGACUGGUCACGUAAAGCGUUAAUCCAGACCUGUCUGAAUUCUCCCGACCCGCCUGCCGGCUCAGCGGGCGGCGACCAACGGAUGUCAGCCACCGGCUUCGAGGAGACCGAACUCACCUACAACAUCAGCGACGACGAUAGCAAAGUAAGACAGAUGGUGUACGGCAGUCCGCAUGCGCACGCACACUCCGCCCAUUCGGCAGCCGCGCUCGCAGGCCAAGCCGCCCAUUACGCCGCCCAUUUGGAGCAGGGCCACUUGGCCGGCCUGGGCGGAUCACCUCAGCACCACGGCGGAUAUGCGCAAGCGUGUCCUAGUCCCUUACCCCCUCCACAUCAAGGCUACGGCCAUCCCCACUCUCAUAUGCAUUCGCAUGCGCAGCGAUUAUAUAUUGUUAAUGUACAAAUGUCUUUGGUUUGGUAG